AUGAACAAGGAACCAUGUGCAUUCACUACGGUGGCAAUGUUCCGCGAUUACAUUCGCGCCAUGUACAAUUGCCGUGAGCUGGGACUCAAUUUGCACUCGGUGAUGAUGAGAUACACGUCUCCCAUCCAUGACGAGGAUUUGCCCUGCAAUAUUUUGAGGGAUGAAUGGGAUUUGACCACGUCCACAAUGAUGGGCCCUUCGAUUUCCCACUUCAGAUUGGACGUUACCCUCAGGGCAAACGAGUGCGAGGAUGAGGAAACGUAUGGGGAGGCAUUGAAGAAGCCUUGCUAG